ACUCACCCCAACACAUCGACAAGCACACCCCCACUACCUUACCUACCGCGGCGCAAUUCGAUAUACUGCCAUUGGACCUUCUGAAACCCUCCAAUUACCAUCGGCAGCAAUUGGACGCGAGACAGUAUGGGAAAGCGCCGCAGAAACCGCGACGAAGGCGGGGAAGGUGCCGUUGUCGCCUCCGAUGAUGUCCCCGGAACGACCUCCCAGACCCACGAAGCGACAGCCGAAACCGAGACGGGGAAUGGCGAGACUAGUUCGCGGGAGAGUUCCUCAAAUACUCAAAGCAGUGGCAGCUUGAAGAGAAGUGCCCCUGACGAUGAUGACGAAGGAUGGACCAAAGUCGAGCGAUCCAACAAGAAGCGCAAGAAGGUCCCACGUGAGGGCUCCAACAACUAUCCCGCAAUUACCUUCUCUACAAGUGCGAAACUAUUUUCCAAGAUCAAUCUCGCCAUGCUUCGCGAUCUGGUCCUGUACAUAUUCGCCGAUGGAACGGGCCCGAACUGGGUGUCUGUUUCUCACCGACCGAACUUCAGAAAGAUGGUUGUGUUGAUGGUGCCUGGAUUGGAGGAAGCCAUGUUCAAGGAAGGAGUGAACUUCGACAACUACACAUCUGGCCCAGCUAGGAACCAGGACCGGACGGAAACGACGCCCGACGAUUACUACCCACGAGCUCUUUCUGCAGACCAGCUGCCGGUUGCGCUUCAGGGAUUCGCCAAAAUGUUCCCCCACUUGUGGCCCGUCAAGGCGCCUGGUGACGACAAGUACAUGAAGCUUCACUCGCCCAUGGGAACGUUCUUAACGGCACCGAUGCCUAAGAACAAGGACGACAGGAAGGGCCCCAAACCGGCAAGAGAGCCCUCGGGAUGGAAGAAUGAGCGAACUCGUAUUACCGAAUUUUUGGCAUCACUCGAAGAGCUCGAGACCGCUGGUCAUCUCAUCCACCCUGCGCUCAUUGAGAACGAGGAGAGGAAAGCGGCUUUCAAGGUUCCCGAAGGAUGGGCUAUUUCUAAAGUUGACAAGAUCGAAGACGGCGAGGUGCCCGAAGCGGAGAUAGAAAGUGGCAGCGUGACUGCUGGCCGGGAGUGUCUCGCCUUGGAUUGCGAGAUGUGCAUGACAGGAGAGAGCGAAUACUCUCUCACCCGUAUCAGCGUCAUCUCUUGGUCGGGAGAGCUCAUCAUGGACGAGCUGGUGAAGCCAGAAAAGCCCAUUACCGACUACGUCACCCGAUUUUCUGGCAUCACGGAGGAAAUGCUGAAGCCGGUUACGACCACAUUGAAGGACAUUCAACAGAAGUUGGUUGAACUCAUCACUCCGCGCACGAUCCUUAUUGGACACUCGCUCGAAUCUGACUUGAAGGCUCUGCGAUUCUCACAUCCCUUCAUUGUCGAUACCUCCUUGAUCUACCCUCAUCCUAGAGGUCCACCUCUGAAGGCGUCACUGAAGUGGCUUACUCAAAAGUACGUUAACCGCGAAAUCCAAAAGGGCGGUGCCAAUGGACACAAUCCCAUAGAAGACUCCCGCGCCUGUCUCGAUCUCGUCAGACAAAAGUGCGAGAAGGGAAAGCUGUGGGGUGCAUCUGAUUCCCAGGGCGAGAACCUGUUCCGACGACUAGCGAGAGCGGGUACUGCGUACAAAGCACAGGGCGGAGAGGCAGGCGGUUUGGUCACCGGAAAGACAAGCGCUGCUGUCGACUGGGGUGAACCAUCCAAGGGACCUGGUGCUGGAGCAACCUAUCAAAUAGGCUGCAAGUCCGACGCGGACGUUGUCAACGGCGUCAUCCGUGCUGUGAAGGGAGACCCUGAUGGACUGGAAAUUCCCGGCGGCGGUGUCGACUUCGUCUGGGGUCGCAUGCGAGAGCUUGAGGCGUUGCAAGGGUGGUGGAACAAGAACCGAGUCGAAAGCGCCAGCAGUGACGGAGGCCCGCCUCCCUUGGACAAGACUCAAUUCGAAGGAAAGCUCGGUGGAUCACCACUUGAGCAGUGCUUGGCCCGUUUGUCAGUCUCUCUUCAAGCUAUUCACGACAGCCUUCCGCCCUGCACGGCAUUCGUUGUCUACUCGGGCUCUGGUGAUCCUCGCGAGAUGAGUAGACUUCAGGCCAUACACACGCAGUGGAAGCGGGAGUAUAAUACGCCUGGAAAGAAGUGGGACCAACUGUCAGUCAAGUGGACGGACGAGGAGGAGCAGGCUCUCCGACGCGCUGUCAUCAAGGCCCGUCAGAGUAUCGGCUUCAUUGGCGUAAAAUAGUUGAGGAGAGUCCAUGAGCAGCAGCAGCGUUUUAUGCAAAGAGAGAAAGACCUACGGCAUUUGAAAGAUCCCAAGUAUAGGGAACAGUCCUCGGAUGAGGGACUCACGGAUUAGUGUUCAUACAUGAUACCCAUAACCUAGGUCAUGGCAUAGAAGACUACUAGCAGCUGAGAGAAAACGUCGCCUCUAUGUAUAGUGAGGAGUGCGAAGGUAGGAUGACAGUGAACCAUUCCAGGGCCCUGAGAAGAUGGAUACCAUCGGAAUUCAGCCGAGAUUGCUGAUCUUGUUGUUGAAGUCCUGCUAUCUACAUCGCGGUUGUCGGGUUAAAUUGCCUAAAGAGGAACACAAAGAUGUUGUAGCAC